UCCGGCAAUCUCUGGCCACCCCCAUUGGCCAGGCUGUCCCUCCCACUGGCCUUAGGGCCCCUCCCACCCCCACUCCAGAUAAGGCCAGCCCAGGACUGCUUCACUGGGCAAUAGGCACUAGGGCUGGAAUGGGGCCGCCGGGCUCCCCAUGGCAGUGGGGGCUGCUGCUGCUGGGUCUGCUGCUCCCCCCUGCCACCCCUUUCUGGCUUUUCAAUGUGCUCUUCCCCCCGCACACCACGCCCAAGGCUGAGCUCAAUAACCACACACGGCCCGUCAUCCUCGUGCCUGGCUGCCUGGGGAAUCAGCUGGAAGCCAAGCUGGAUAAACCAGAUGUGGUGAACUGGAUGUGCUACCGCAAGACAGAAGACUUCUUCACCAUCUGGCUGGAUCUCAAUAUGUUCCUACCCCUUGGGGUGGACUGCUGGAUUGAUAAUACCAGGGUUGUCUACAACCGCAGCUCUGGGCGCGUGUCCAAUGCCCCUGGUGUACAGAUCCGUGUCCCCGGCUUCGGGAAGACCUACUCUGUUGAGUACCUGGACAACAACAAGCUGGCAGGUGUGUUUACUGGGGAAAGGGUGGGCUGCGGCCGUGGCCGGCCCACAGGAGCCGUGACCAGAGCCUCCAAUGCCACCGCCUUCCCCACAGGUUACAUGCACACGCUGGUGCAAAAUCUGGUCAACAAUGGGUAUGUGCGGGAUGAGACGGUACGCGCCGCCCCCUACGACUGGCGGCUGGAGCCCAGCCAGCAGGAGGAAUACUACCGGAAGCUCGCCGGGCUGGUGGAGGAGAUGCACGCUGCCUAUGGGAAGCCUGUCUUCCUCAUUGGUCACAGCCUGGGUUGCCUGCACUUGCUCUAUUUCUUGCUGCGCCAGCCCCAGGCCUGGAAGGACCGCUUCAUCGAUGGAUUCAUCUCUCUUGGGGCUCCCUGGGGGGGCUCCAUCAAGCCCAUGCUGGUCUUGGCCUCAGGUGACAACCAGGGCAUCCCAAUCAUGUCCAGCAUCAAGCUGAGAGAGGAACAGCGUAUAACAACCACUUCCCCCUGGAUGUUUCCCUCUAGCGAGGCAUGGCCUGAAGACCAUGUGUUCAUUUCCACGCCCAGAGUCAACUACACAGGCCAUGACUUCCAGCGCUUCUUUGCAGACGUGCACUUUGAGGAAGGCUGGUACAUGUGGCUCCAGUCACGUGACCUACUGGCAGGCCUCCCAGCACCCGGCGUGGAAGUAUACUGUCUGUAUGGCGUGGGCCUGCCCACACCCCGCACCUACAUCUUUGACCACGGCUUUCCCUACACAGACCCUGUAGGGAUACUCUAUGAAGAUGGUGAUGACACUGUGGCCACACGCAGCACUGAGCUCUGUGCCCGUUGGCAGAGCCGCCAGCCCCAGCCUGUGCACCUGCUGCCUCUGCACGGGACACAGCACCUCAACAUGGUCUUCAGUAACCAGACUUUGGAGCACAUCAAUGCCAUCUUACUGGGUACCUACCGACGUAACACCCCUGUGCCCCCAGCUGCCAGCCCAGGGCCUCCGCCCCCCAAAUAAAGACCUUCUUUUGCUCUCUGA